AUGUCAAGGCUAGCAAACAACUCCAAAGGACUCACACCCUUUGCCCUCCGGCAGCUGUACACAGCAUGCGUUACAAGUAUCGCAGACUAUGGGUCAACCAUCUGGUGGCGAGGCCAAGCACAAUUCACUACUCUACUUCAAAAACUCCAAAACCUUCCAAUUAAAAAGAUAUUAGGGGUUUUCAAAACCACUCCUAUCCUCCCAAUGGAAAUAGAAAGCGCCCUCCCACCUCCUGAAGUUCGCCUCUCCUCCUCCUUGAGGAUGUAUACUUUCCGUCUACUCAAACUCUCACCAUCACACCCAGUCAACCACGCUAUCGACAAGCUCCUCAAUACUCAAGCAACUCCAAGGAAAAAGAAGCCGGAAACUCCUCAACUACAGCGAAUCCACCGCUCUAUUAGCAACUUAUACAAACUUGAAGACCUUGAGCAAAUACACCACUUCCACUUCCCUCCAUGGGAAAGAGAAACUCUUUACAAGGUUCACAUUAGCAAACUUUCAAAAGAAGAGGAAACUAAAUUUCACCUUCGUCUACUCCAAAACAACUCAGAUAACAGCAUUUUCAUCUACACAGAUGCAUCCUCUACAACAACAGAAAAUAGCCAAGGAAUUGGGGUAGGUUUGUCUGUAAUCUCACCUCAAUCAAACAGAAUUCACUACGAAAAGAAAGUCAACAUUGGACCAAACAAGCUCGUCUACAACGGUGAAGUUGAAGGGGCCACGCUAGCAGUUGAAUACGCUGCCAAGCACGCUAGACCAGGGAUCCAUUUCCNNNCAUUGGACCAAACAAGCUCGUCUACAACGGUGAAGUUGAAGGGGCCACGCUAGCAGUUGAAUACGCUGCCAAGCACGCUAGACCAGGGAUCCAUUUCCACAUCUACUCGGACAACCAGGCAGGUCUACGAAGGCUAAAAACCACAUCAGAUAACCCAGGGCAAGAGUGCCAAAUCAGAGCUAUCACAGCUGCCCGGAAGGCAGUUAGCAAGGGAGCUACUACCACAAUUCACUGGGUACCAGGUCACACCGACAUUCCAGGAAAUGAGAAAGCAGACAAGCUUGCAAAAGCCGCCACCACAAUCCAACCAUCCACUCAACUCACUAGCUUUGCUAUGCUAGGAGUCAAGAUCAGGCAGACCCAGAACAAAGAAUGGCGUCAAAAGCUUACUACACCCCCCCGGCACACAGAACCAUCAACUAACCAACACUCGUAUCGAAGGGAAUUCCCAUGGAAGAUUCUGUCGAAACCUUGCGUCCCCCAAGGAACAAAAAGAGAGAUAGCCAGCGCCUUUUAUCAGCUUAAGCUAGGCCAUGGAUACUUCAAAUCAUACCUACACAAGCUCGGCCACACUACCAACAACCGCUGUAGAUGUGGAAGACAAGAGACUCCCACUCACCUCCUUCUUAGCUGUCCAGAAACUGGGGAUGCUAGGAAAGUACUAAAGCGCAACCUCCUCAAGCAUCAUAUUCGAGAGUUCACCAUGAAAUCCCUCCUUCACACCGCCAAAGGAGUCGAGGCCACACUUGACUUUAUUCGAACCACCAAAAUCGCCACUAGAAUAUGGCACACACAACGCGCAACUGAGGAUGAGAACGAAGAUGAGGACGAGGAAGACGAGGACGAGGAAGUGUAG